AUGGACACUCAAAAACGGGAUAGAACGACAUUGAACGACCAACCUGUCAUUCAACAUCCACUAUCACGGACGGGUGCUCUGAUCCGGAAUGAUGGACAGAGCAGUACUGCGAGUCGCCGCGACCCAGAUGCCUCAUCCGCAAGCUCAAAGGGCCAACAUCAACAAAAGGCAAACAGCGAUUUCUCCAACGACGAUCUAGAUUAUGCAGAUGAUUCUACAGCUGAUCAGUCUGCUGGAAACAAUAAUAAUAGUGCUAGCAGAAGGAGAGAGAGACGUGCUAAACGGGCUCCGAGGAAUCGCAGGGAAGCACCACGGGUCGAUCAUGCUGCUACUCCUGUCUUUCAUCAGACACCAAUCAUUCUGGAACGACGUGUACCGGCUGCCACUGAUGCCACUAGAACUAUGUCUAUACAGCCGCAACAACCACAGGUGCUACUGGUCGAGAGCCCCGACGUCACUCCAAACUACUCGAUCGUCAGUCUCCCUCCAUCUGAUAGACCAUCUGUUCCAGUGCCUGCUCAACCGUCUGCUCCCUCUGGUGCUGCUCAGCCUGAACAGGCACGGAGACCAGCUGCACCAACACCAGAUAUACUAGCAUCGGCCAUACUCAAACAUGUACAAGCAACGACCAAUAUCAAUAUAACAUCGCCACAGCAGCAACCGGCACCAUCCAGCACAACCCAUUUAAUCGACGAAUCAUGGAAUUGUAUCAUCCCAACAAAGCAACUAGCUGAAACACCGGGUUGCUUUAUAAUAGGGAUCAUAGGACGAUCUCAUAGAGUUGUAUCAACGUUAAUCCAUUAUUUUGUAAAGAACACACCUCCGCCUGCCGGAGCCAAACCUAUCCGUGGCGUGUCAUUUCACAUCACGCCUGAACGAAUGAUUAUAUUAGGAGCCCAGCAGAUACACACCUCUGCCAAAGUACAAGAGUCAUCAAAGGACUUUCAGAUUGCUCAAUUCUUGUUUUCUGUAUGUCAUGUACUGGUUGUAGUAGGUGACUCGCUUAUUGAUACGGAAAUGUGGGACUUUGUAAAACGAGUGGAAGUCAUCAUGUCUCGGGGACGUGCUAAAAGUAGCAACACUAGUAAUGGUAGUGGUGCUAGUAAUGGUACCGACCCAGCAUUUGACGAAACAGAAUUCAGACCCGAAGUAGUGUUUAUCGCUCGCCGUGGCCAAUUCCCAGAAGAUUACUGGACUGCAUGUGAUCGAUUAAAUGCCAUCUUUGGACGAGACUCUAGAUUUAGGAUACAAGGAUCGAAUCUUAAUAUGACCAAGUUUGUGAAUAAUAGCACCAACACCCGCAUACAUCCGAACAUCUUCUUCUUACCAGAUUCGAAUCCACGAUCGAGCUUCUUGGUGCCACCAUCAGCAACAUCAACAGAAUUCACACCAACCUUCCACGAAUUCCUGGACGGGACAUUUAGUAUUCCUGCAACCACACCAGUCCUGAUACACGCAUUACGUAGUCUUGUAUUUGACGUACCACGAUACAUGUCCAACGGAUCGGGAAUGCUGCAAAAAUGGUACCUCGUCUGUGAAAAGGAUUGGGGCAAAUCCAGCCAACGUGUCUGGGUAAACAUCAUUGCUGCAUCAUCGGCAUCAGCAGAUGUACGGCAGUCGUCUGUAUCUGUGGAAGGUCCUGGUACUGUGUCGUCCAACUCUGGUGGUAAUAGUCGAGGGCGUGAUAAUGAGAACAAUAAUAGUAGUGAUAGACGACGUGAUUUUGGGGAUUCUUCUUCUUCGGGGAACAGGCAGCGACAAAAUAGGAGGAAUAGGGACGGUUAA